UGUUUUUCUUCGAUUUGGUCGUUGGGUGGCGCAAUCCUCUGUUUGUAGUGCUCAGGAAAGUGUCAUCGGCACGCAGAGCUCAGCUCUUUAAAAACUGACAAACUUUUACUACCAAAGUACUAGCUCUACACCGCAGCGGCGUCCUGGUACUCCCUGUCCUAACGCGAGUGAGCGAGACCCGAAACAGUCUGCUAUGAGAAAAUGUCCGUGAACGAAGUAUACGUGUUCCAGCCGUUCAAACUGAUCGCUCUUCUCUGCGUGUUUCUCGCACUUUGCUUGGACAUUGUCUCUCUCCUGAGCCCCGCGUGGGUGACGGCGGAUGGCUACGCGCUGUCGCUAUGGGAGUCAUGCAGGGAGAUCGAGACCGACUGGAGCUGCAUCUCCACCCUCAAGUCUGAUUGGCAGAUAGCAACACUGGUAUUGUUAUUAACCGGAGCAUCUGUGACAUUAGUGGCAUUUCUAAUCGCAGUGAUCUCUUUGUGUAAAGGCACACACAGGAAGCACUAUCGUAUGGUUGCAGUGUUCCUCUUCUCAGCAGUGGUCCUCCAGGCAUGUGCUCUGGUUCUUUACCCAAUCAAAUUCAUCGAUGGCAAAGUCUUGCAAACAUAUCAUGAGUUCAACUGGGGCUACGGGUUGGGCUGGGGUGCCACCAUCUUCAUGCUGGGUGGAGGAAUCUUGUUUUGCCUUAGAACAGACAUGUAUGAAGAUGCCAUGUACUAAGGGCUCAAAUACAUGAUCAUGCUCACUCAGUAGACUCAAGCACUACAUCUGUCAAAGCAAGCAAGUAACAAGAAAGCGGUAUCUUUUACAUCAAGAACAGCACACACAGCCUACUCACAUUUCACAGACUCACACAUUCUCCACAUUCACAACACAUACAGUACACACAUAGGUUGUCAACCCAAUGUCAUGAGAAUUCAUAAGUAAUGUUAGCAGUUUUGUAUAUAUUUGUUUGAUCUGACUCGUAUAAAAACGUGUAAGUAAAACAUGACCAGGAAGGUCCACCCCUAAACCUAACCAUAAGUGGGGGCUUUACAGAUGAUAUGAAUUCAUACAAAUUUACAGCCAAAUACUUUAAAAAAUGUCAUGGGACUGUUUUGGCUGCUUCCCAAUGCAAAUGCUUAUGCUGUCCUAAAAGCUGUUGGUAUUCACAUGUAGCUCAAUUCUUCUUUCUACCUAACUUUUAGAUUCAUACAUUUAAAAAUGCUGUGGCUGCUUUGGCCCUGACAUAUAUUCUACAAAUUAAACACUCAAUUGGGAGUGCCUCUGUUUCCAUUCUGCAUGGGGCUGUGGGCAAUUAUAACACAAAAAGAAUACACUGAUGCACACUUUAAAAAUCUACUAGAAAUAAUAUGCAUUUGGGGCACCCUAUGUGUUAAUUUUAUACCAUUUUCAAUGCACUAUGAUUUGGGACAUCUUCAUUUAGGACAGAUAGUAUGCGAUUUGGGAUGCAGCCAUAUACAAGUAAACAUGCACUCUAGCUUACUACUCUGUUGCUCUGAGUGUGAAGGCCUAAAUUGAGCAUGACAGGCUGUUGUAACAAGCUUCAGAAUGGAUGAAGUAUGAAGAAUAGCUGUGUGAACUGGACUGCAAGAAUUCAGUGUUGACAUUAAAUGUUCAGGUGAACAUUUAAAGAGUUGUGCGUGUGCCAUGCCCACUUGUUUUGGCUCUUUUAACCAUUUCAGCAGCAUAUCUCAUGGAUCUCCUUCCAUGAGGAAGCAAAAUUAAUAGAGCUUCUUUAUAAAGAAAUAUCCAGUAUAUAGUUGCUUUUACCAUUUUGUAUAUAUCUUGUAUUGUGCUAUCUUGGUUAUGCGUUUAUAAUAUUCCAAUAUUUGGAUUUAAAGGAUAUAUUUUAUGUCAUGUGAUUGUGAAAUACUAACUCGAUUUGGG